CAGUACCGGCCCCCUAGACCCCCUGGUGCUAUCUCCCGGCCCUCUGCCCUGGGGAGCCCAUUACUGACAUCCCUUGGGCUCUCCCCGUGCCCUCCCCGGGAGACCUGCCCCCCAGGGCCGGCUCCCUGCCUCCCCUGUUCCCUCCUGCCAGGCUGACCCAGGACUGCCUCCUUCCUCUGGUCCUGGGGCGACCCCCGCGCUCCCUUUCCCUUAGCCUGCCCCAUCCCUGGCCGCUCCUGUUCCUCCUGAGCUCACGCACCAUCCAGUCUACGACCCCGCACUCAUGCUUCAUCCCUGAGGCGACACUCUUCGAGUAGCCUUCAUCCCAUCCUCGUCAGCACAUCGGUGCCCGUGCCGCAAGAGGAUGAAAGGACCUUGGGCGUGUGGAUGGGUGCUGUGCGAAGGGUCGUUCUCUCCCCAUGUGCGGCCCGUCCUUGGUGGAAAGCUGCCGUGUGCGGGACUUGCUGGGCUUGGUUAGAAGGGAGCUAAGCGGGUGUUACGAACUGUAAUGUCCUGAUGGUCACAGAGCAUCAUCAGCUGGUCCCUGCAUGGCAGGGGAAAGCAAAGGGUCCAAGAAUGGUAUUUCCAGGGAUGCGUGUGGUGCUGACCUGUGCGAGCAGGGAGCUGCUUCGCAGCGCUGCCCGAGAGCAUCGUGUCUCUUGUUUCUGAGAUUGAAAGAUGCCGAGGAAGAAGAAACCCACAGAGGGUCUUGACUCUCGAGGUCAGGAUGGAGAAGAAGAGGAGGAAGAGAAGAGGGGCACAGUCAAUGCCAAGAAGAAGCGCAGUUUUGUGGACGCAUUUAUUGUUAUAUCUGACAGCGAUGGAGAGCAGGAGUCAAAGGAAGAGAGUGGAUUGCAAAAGAAAAGAACAAAACAGCAACUGGAUAGGACGAAGUUUGCUGCUAAAAGAAAAAUUGCACAGAUGACUGAAGAGGAACAGUUCGCUCUGGCCCUGAAAAUGAGUGAGCAAGAAGCCAGACAAGUGAACUGUCAGGAAGAGGAAGAGGAGGAGCUCUUGAGGAAGGCCAUUGCUGAGAGCCUUAAUAGCUGUCAGCCCUCAGAUUCCUCUGACGCAACCCCUGAGUUGCCUGCAGAAGCAGUGAGCAAAUCAGGCCAAAACCACCCCACUGAGCAAGAAGGCUCUGAGAUCCUGGGAGGUCUGGCGCUCUGCCCUGACACCCCUCGCUCCGAGUGCAGCUCCCACUCGCAGAGUGCGAGAUCUGAUGGGAAUGGACAGAUGGAUGUCGCCCGGAGUCCCCUUGUAGUGUUGAGGAGGUUAAGCCAGGAAAUCGUUGAAAGCUCACUAGUAUCCAGCAUAAUCGUGUCUCAGGGGAAGGGCCAGCCUUUAACAAGGUCAAGUGAAAAGUAUUCAUCACCAGCAAAAAGUGAUUCUAGUAACAUGUUACCCAGCACUCUUGGAGAAGACCUCAUCUCUUUGAGUCCCACCUUUGGCAGGAUUGCCUCAGGCUCCUGGCAACUGACACCUCGAAGAUUGUUCACAAGCCCCUGCAGCCCUUCAAAAGCAGCAAGCCAGGAAGCAAAAGAGCAACCCCUGCCUGGCAUUGGGCUGUCUGUGGGAGAAGCUGGUGCUGGGAGCUCAGCCACACUCCGGAAGACCUGGCCCAUGGAGCAGGGUGACAGUCUCGGGAGGAGCUGUGGAGGGGCAAGCACCAAACACACCUGGCAACCUGGGUACAGCACCAAAGUGUGUGUUUCCACAGAGCAAGCAGAACAGAAGGAGGUGCCUGACAGUGCCCCAGAGCUUUGCAUGCUCAAUACGCCAGAAGAGAGCAGAAGCAAGGAGGAGGCAAGAGACACAGUGCACUAUUACUGGGGCAUUCCAUUCUGCCCCAAAGGAGUGGACCCCAACCAGUACACCAAAGUCAUCUUGUGUCAGCUGGAGGUUUACCAGAAGAGCCUGAAGCAGGCUCAGAGGCAGCUAUUGCAUAAGAAGGAGUUUGGUAACCCCGUUGUGCCCAGCUCUUCUUCCCUGAGCCAAAAUGAGCUUGGGAAAGGAGAUCAGAUAAGUAGGGAAAAUGGGGUUGCUGAUGAUACGGAAGAUGGAGACUCAGAAGUGCAGAAGGAGUCUGACAGCAUCACCUGGCUCCUCCCGUCAAAGAGGAGGGAGGCAGAGGAGAGUCCAGGGCAGAACAUGGAAGAGGAGAAGAACUCUGCCUCUGAUGAUGAACCAACCACAAGCUACUGCCAGGCCUCCCAGGUGCUGGCUACAGAGGAUGUGCCUGAAGAUGGGGAACCAAUGCAAAUUACACAGAGCAUCUCUGUAUUGACCCCACUUGACAGUAGAAGGAGUCCAGAUAUUGCUACAGAAAACUCUACUGAAGAAGAGGCCACUGUUUGCCCAGAGACCCAGGGGAGUCCAUCAGAAGAUACUGAGCCAGAGAGAGAACUCUGCUCGAACAGCAAAGAUGCGCCUAUGCAAGCUGGUGGAGAUGAAAAUGCUGGCAGGACUGUGUCUGAGUGCAGCCCUGCAGCUGCUGACCAUGUGUCGUGCCCACUGUGUGACCAAGGCUUUCCAGCCUCGGAGAUCGAGCUGCAUGCCAUGUACUGCAACGGCCUCAUGGGAGAGGAGGCUUGCGAGGACACUCCAGUACUUACCCGACGUCAGAGAGAAGCAAGAAAUAAAGCAGUCAGCGGUGAAAGUGGCCCAGCGUCCUUAGACAUUGACAAGUGUGAGAAGUGCUACCUCUGUAAGUCACUGGUGCCACUGCUGCAGUAUCAGAGGCAUGUGGACAGCUGCCUUCAGGCUGCUAGGCAAGCUCAGGGAACCAGGAGGCUGCGAAGUGCCAAGCCCCUGCCCGCUGGGGAGAGCUUUAGAGCCAAAGCAGGGAGAACCACUGAGUGCCAGGAGCAAACCGAAGCAUCCCAGGAGAAACAUGAGGAAGUGAGCACGGUGGCUGGUGUGCUGGGUAUGUGGGGGACAUACAUGCCUUGCUAGGGGAGGUGGGAGGCAGCGAGCAUGGUUAGCAGCUGGCACACAGUUGCUUACCACGUGUUGGCCCCCACCAUGGUUUCUCCUGCUCAUGGCUGUCCUGGAGGAGCUCAGAGAAAGGCCCUUUCAGACCUCCUUGCUGGUUCCUGUGGGCAAAGCCCUAAUGCAGCAGCUUUGCCUGCGCUCAGAAAUGUGAUUCUCAGCAUGCAGAUGCAACAUGAUGUCUUAGUUUCGUAUAAUCCCUUAAAUCCAUCACAGGCCUCAGCCCUUGGGGAUUCAGAUGCAAAUGAUGAGAUUUCUGGUUGAUGAUUUUUGGCUGGGAUACAGCCAAGUGCUAUGUGGUUCAGAGUACUGCAGGGCACGGCUGCUCCUGCCUGUGACCAGCUCCAUGGGACUGUUUGACUCGGCCCCUGCCCCAUUUAGCCAGCUGGCAUCCUGGAGGUCCUGUGU